AUGGUGUUGUCACCACCUCCGUUACCUUCAGCCGCCGUCGGAAUCUUUAAAUCCAUCUGCUUUAUUAGCCAAUGCUGGAAUUCUCAAUCUGCAAAACCCAACACUCACGUAAUGCUUCUGCAAGCCCACCUUAAGUGGAGAUGCGAUUCCUAUAUCUUUCGUCUUUAUAGGAGAGUUCUUCCAUCACCUCCUGCUAUUGAUUUCGCUUCUCCCGAAGGGAAGCAAUUGUUCAUAGAAGCUAUACAAGGUGGAACCAUGGAAGGCUUUUUUAAGUUAAUCUCUUACUUUCAGACACAAUCAGAACCUGCAUAUUGUGGAUUAGCUACCCUAGCCAUGGUCUUGAAUGCACUUUCGAUUGAUCCAGGAAGAAAAUGGAAAGGUCCUUGGAGAUGGUUUGAUGAGUCUAUGCUGGAUUGCUGUGAGCCUCUGGAAAAGGUUAAAGCAGAAGGCAUUUCUUUUGGGAAAGUUGUAUGUUUGGCUCAUUGUUCUGGAGCCAAAGUUGAAGCUUUUCGUACAAAUCAAAGCAAUAUUGAUGACUUUCGCAGGCAUGUAAUCGCGUGUUCCACUUCUGAUGAUUGCCAUUUGAUCUCAUCGUAUAACAGAGGGACUUUUAAACAGACAGGUAGUGGGCACUUUUCACCAAUUGGUGGUUAUCAUGCAGGAAGGGACAUGGUGUUAGUUUUGGAUGUUGCUCGCUUUAAGUAUCCUCCUCAUUGGGUCCCACUUACACUCCUAUGGGAAGCCAUGGAUACCAUCGAUGAUUCAAGUGGAUUUCGUAGAGGAUUCAUGCUCAUAUCCAGGCUUCAUCGAUCACCAGCACUUCUGUACACCCUGAGCUGUAAGCACGAGAGCUGGAUCAAGAUUGCUGAGUAUUUGGUUGAAGAUGUUCCAAAACUGUUAAGUUGUAAGGAUGUGAAAGAUGUGAAGGAUGUUGUUGCAAUUGUUUUCAAUUCUCUCCCAUCAAAUUUUCUUGAAUUCAUCAAGUGGGUUGCUGAAGUUAGACGAAGAGAAGAUGCUGGUCAAACCCUAAGUCCAGAAGAAAAAGAAAGACUUGAUGUUAAGGAAGAGAUCUUGAAACAAGUACAAGAGAUUCGUCUACAUAAACACGUAACAGAUUUUCUGUUCACUGGGAAAUCAAGAGAGAAAGAGUCUCCAUGUUUAUGUAAAGAAUCCUGUUUGACUGAUAUUGCAGAUAGUCUGUGUUGCCAGGGUGCAGUGUUUCUAGAAGGAAACAGUAAUGGAUAUUGUUGUCAGAAAACAUGUGUAAAAACAAAAAGCAAUGGAGAUGUAGCUGUUACAGUUGUCUCGGGAACAGUGACCAAUGGCAUUGAGGUACAACAAGUGGAGGUGCUUGUUCCUUCAUCUUUAGAAAUGCACCCUGCAACUAAUGAUGUCCUCACUGUGCUUUUACUGGCGUUGCCACCACAAACAUGGUUUGGGAUCAAAGAUGAGAAGCUUCUGAAGGAUAUAAGUAGCCUUGUUUCAAUAGAUAGUCUUCCUACUCUGCUUCAAGAAGAGAUUAUGCAUUUGCGUGGUCAACUCUAUAUUCUCAAGCGAUGCAAAGAUGAAGAAACAGAGGAAGAUUUCGGUGCGCCACUCGUUUAGCUUACUUUAGAAGGUCAGAUUGGUCUUUUUGCAGGACCAGAUUCAACAAAAGUUGAAAAGGUCAGAUAUUUGAUAACUAAAAAGGAUACAAGUUGGGUCUCAUCAAAAUUGUAUUUUAGUAUUAUCUUUUAUUUUUCAAAAGUAUUAGAUUAUUAUUAUUAUAGUUUAUUAGACUAAAAAAAAAUAGUUGUUGAUGUGCCAAUGUGAUCGUAUAAAUAAAAUCUAACUGUUGGGUUUGGAACAUAAAUAAAUUGUAACCUAUGGAAUGCUUAUAUAUGAUAUGAUGGUGGAUAUGGGAAUUUCAACAGGUCAUAUGUUAUUAAAAUAA